AUGGAAUAUAGAUUAAUUAAUUUUGAAAAGGAAUUCGAAGAACUUAGUAUUUUAUAUAAAAAUAGCUGGUGUAAAACCUAUAUUGGUUUGCUCCCCGAAGAGCUAUUAGAAUCAUUUACAUACGAUAAAUCAAAAGAAAAAUGGAUUCAUUUUUAUAAUAACGAAAAAAACUCUUUUAUAUAUGUAGCCAUUGAUAAAACAGGUGGCAAUGAAGUAAUAUGUGGAUUUGCAGCAUGUAAACCAGAUGACGAAGAACAAAGCAGGGGAUUCCUGUAUUCAAUUCAUAUAAAAAGUGAAUAUAAAGGCAAAGGAAUUGGAAAGAAUCUUAUUAUGAAAUCUGCAAAGCAUUUUAGGGAUCAAUUAGGUUUAACCAGUAUUUCAUUACGUGUAGUUGUUGGUAAUGAUAAUGCAUACAAUGUAUAUACCAAAUUGGGUGCUGAAAUAUUAAAACAUCAAAAAAUGAACUAUUAUAAGAAUGUGAUUACUCCUGAAGUAUGCCUUGUUUGGAAUGAUAUAAACCAACUAUUAUUAAAAUCAAACUAA